AGGACCACUACGUCUUUCCUUCCACAACGCCGAUUCCUCACCACCAAAACCUCUCCAAACUAGGCCCCGUCCUAAACCAUCCUCCCACCAUGGCCACCCCCGGCGGCCCAUCCCCCCAGCAAAUCGCUGCCAUGCAACAGCAGUUCGCCGCCGAAGCCGCCAAACGAGGACUGACCCCCGAGCAGUUCGCCCAGCAACAGCGCGAGCAACUGGCCGGAGAGGCACAAAAGCAUGGCCUUACCACGGAACAGUAUCUUGCGCAGCUCAGAGCGCGCGCUAUCGCCGCCCACCAGAAACAGUUGGAGCUGCAGCAACAGGGUCAACCGUCAACACGGCCUCCGACGCAGCAGCCGGGUCAGCAGCAGACUACUACGCAGGUGCCGGUGAAUCCUGAUAACCCGCCCGAUCCGAAGGCGGUUGCUGUUGCGCAAUUUUUGCGGUCGCAGAAUCUCAAGCCUAGGACGUGUAUUAUGGAUGGUCAGCGGAAGGAUAUGUUCAAAGUGAAACGUGCAAUUCGCGCGAUUGAAUCCCCCGCCUAUGCCAAAGCCGCCGCAAAGAAAAACUCCCUCCUCCCCCCUGUGACAGACCGCGCCUCCGCAGAGAACGUCUUCAAGCUCCUCCCGCUCUCGCUCCUCGCUCUCCGAGUCUCCAAGGUCGACCCGCACGCAGGCCACAACCACGCGAAGCCCAAGAACCGAGUGAAGGGACUCUGGACCGUGAAAAUCGAACAGCACCAAGAAACCGACUCGAUGAUGCACUACGUCUGGCUCUACGAAGGACCGCAAUGGAAGCAGAAGGCUAUGGCCGCGGCCGUUGUAGCUGGUAUUUUCGCUGUGGUUCUUUUCCCGCUGUGGCCUAUGAUGUUGCGACAGGGAGUGUGGUAUCUGAGUGUGGGCAUGAUGGGCUUGCUGGGAUUGUUCUUCGCCAUGUCGAUCUUCCGUCUGAUUCUGUUCUGCAUCACGGUGCUUGUCGUACCACCUGGUCUGUGGCUCUUCCCGAACUUGUUCGAGGAUGUUGGGUUCUUUGACAGUUUCAAGCCUUUGUGGGGAUGGCAAGAGACCAAGAAAAAGAAGUCCAAGAAAUCCGUCAAAGGCGAAGCACCCUCGACAGCCGCCAACGAGACAACAUCCGCCACGACUACUGCGACACCAGCCACGGAUACUUCAGGCACUGUCAAGCGCGAUCUAGCUCCGAAGGUGGAAGAGGCGGACGAGUAAUUGCGUUUUCAUAUUCUUCAUUUCCGUGUUUUACUUACCCCUUUCUUCAUUUCCCACGCUAAACAGCGACUCGUUAUCGGAUACCGUUUGCAUCUUUUCUUCGUUUCUGGCAUGACUGGGUCGCUUAUCGGGUUUUGUAUGUUGUUACGUUAUAUUCUUCAAGUUCAAUGUGUUCUAGGGUUAGAAUGGUCAAAAUUUAAUGUAGACAAAUACUCCACCUCUCAGCAAAGUAAUGAUAUUGUUGCCAUGGUACAAG